AACGAAUGAAACCUUAGAAAUUAAUUUAUCACACUUUUGCAGCACAUCACAAUCGUCGCGAUAACUCUGCCGUUUGUUUAUUGGUUUUUUGCAGCGGAACAAGUAAAAUAUAAUUCCCGCACAGCACACGUUAAGUAAUCCUAUCCAGUUAAUUUCCAAAGCGCACCCAGAGAUGAGUUACUUUGGGAAAUGACAUGGACAGCGAAGAAAUGUUUUCGAGAAGAAUAUUACUAAAACCGAAGGUAGUGUGUUCAUAAUGCAAAGCCAAACUAGGAAAUUGGUAGAAUUCAGGUUCCUCAUUGCGGUGGCAAUAUAUUUGCACGCGCUGGAGCAAUCGAUCCAGCAGUGCCAUUGUGUUCAUGGUUUCAGAAACAAUACGGAGAGCGCCGAGCUGGUUUCCCAUUACGAAUCGAGCCUCUCGCUUCCAGAUAUUCUUCCCAUUCCCUCGAAGACCUAUGACAAGAACCGGGCUCCCAAGCUUCUGGGCCAACCCACAGUAGUCUACUUCCAUGUCACGGUGCUGUCGUUGGACUCCAUCAACGAGGAGUCUAUGACCUAUGUGACAGACAUCUUCCUUGCACAAAGCUGGCGUGAUCCUCGCCUGCGGCUGCCGGAAAACAUGAGUGAACAGUAUCGCAUAUUGGAUGUGGACUGGUUGCACAGCAUUUGGCGGCCCGAUUGCUUCUUCAAGAACGCCAAGAAGGUCACCUUCCAUGAGAUGAGCAUUCCAAAUCACUAUCUGUGGUUGUACCACGACAAAACGCUGCUCUACAUGUCCAAGCUCACAUUGGUUUUGUCGUGCGCCAUGAAGUUUGAGUCUUAUCCACAUGACACACAAAUCUGCUCCAUGAUGAUUGAGAGUUUAUCCCAUACAGUGGAGGAUCUGGUUUUUAUCUGGAAUAUGACAGACCCACUUGUGGUCAAUGCGGAGAUUGAGUUGCCACAGCUGGACAUAUCAAACAAUUACACGACCGAUUGCACGAUUGAGUACUCAACAGGUAACUUCACUUGUCUGGCCAUUGUGUUCAAUUUGCGACGACGCCUGGGUUACCAUUUGUUCCAUACCUACAUUCCUUCGGCUCUGAUCGUGGUCAUGUCGUGGAUUUCGUUUUGGAUAAAACCAGAAGCGAUACCAGCUCGAGUCACCCUGGGAGUGACCUCACUGUUGACCCUGGCCACCCAGAACACACAGUCGCAACAAUCGCUACCGCCGGUUUCGUAUGUGAAGGCUAUAGACGUUUGGAUGUCAUCCUGCUCGGUAUUUGUCUUCCUCUCUCUGAUGGAGUUUGCGGUGGUCAAUAAUUUUAUGGGCCCAGUAGCCACCAAGGCCAUGAAGGGCUACUCUGAUGAGAACAUUAGUGAUCUAGACGAUCUAAAGUCUGCCUUACAGCAUCAUCGGGAAUCGAUUAUUGAGCCCCAGUACGAUACUUUCUGCCAUGGCCAUGCCACAGCCAUUUAUAUAGACAAAUUCUCGCGCUUUUUCUUCCCGUUUUCGUUCUUUAUUCUAAAUAUUGUCUACUGGACAACGUUCCUAUGAUGGAUGAUAGAUUCACCGAAGGAAUAGAACGCAAACAAUAAUAAUACCAAGCGCAUUUGUUUAAAAAUGUAUAUUAUCGUUUGUAAGCCACAAAUAAUUGCAUUAAAGUAUGUAUUAUAUUGAUUACCAUGUAGUGUAUAAAUAAAGGAAAGCGUUU